AUGGCAUCACGUAAUCCAUCAAAGAAGCCGGUGCAGAAUGAGGUGGACAAGUAUCCGCGUAUUUGUCCCGGAGGUGGGUUGCUCAUUGCAUGGCAACUCAAGGGCAAGAAGGUGCUCAUCGUUGGUGGCGGGCCUGUAGCGGCGGGUCGACUGGUCAACGUGCUCGAUGCGGACGCUAUUCUGGACGUCAUGUGUCCCUCUUCCGGUCUAUGCGACGAAAUGCGUUUUCGCAUCUACACCGAAAAGGUGGUCGCUAACUACAUCGAUGCCAUGUACGACGAAUCCUCUCCUGAAACGCUCGAUCAAUACGAUAUGGUGCUCACUGCUAUCGACGACAUCGAACUGUCCAAGAAAAUUUGCUACCAGUGUCGUGCUCGACGCAUCCCUGUCAACGUAGCCGAUGUCCCUCCAGAGUGCGAUUUCUACUUUGGUUCUCUCAUUCGCAACGGUCCUCUCCAGGUCAUGGUAUCCACCGGUGGGCAAGGCCCCAAAAUUGCCUCACAAACACGCCAAAAGAUUCAAGCUGCUAUCCCCAAGAAUGUCGGUCAGGCCAUCAUGAAUGUUGGAAAGCUACGAGCCAUGUUGCGAAAGCGCGCUCCCAGCGCCGACAUUGGCGCAAGAAGGAUGAGAUGGAUGAUCGAGGUGUGCGAGAAAUGGAAUUUGGACGAGAUCUGCACCAUGACAGAGUCAGAUAUGCUCAAAAUCCUCGACGGCUGGGAGUCUGGUUAUGUUCCAAGCUAUAAGCAGGUAAAGGGUGGAUGGCCGUUUCUGCCAUCGGAUGUCAGGAUAAAGAAGGCUCUGUUUGGUACGUGUCCCGUGGUCGGCUACCCGAGUCCUUAUCUGACUGGAUUGGCGGGUUUGCUAUUGGGUGCGGGGGUGACAAGUGCCGUUUUCUUGUCGAAAGGACUCCAGCGUUCUUCAUAG